CAGAGCAUCAACCUCAGUACCUCCCAGUAAUGGCUUCAUAUCCUGUUGUGCAACUUUCUGGAGCCUCUAGGUCAGAAUGUCCCAGGCACCACCGUGGCUGUUGGGGUUGGUACACAUGAAGGAUGAAGAAGGCUGGGCUCUGGGGGCUGCUGUGGAUGGUCUUCAUCUCAGAACUCCAAGCUGAAAAUGAAUCAAAAGAAGAAAAAUUUAUAAAAGAGGGGGAGACCCUGAAUGUAAAUUGUCCCUUCUCCACCGAGAAGUACUCCUACAGCCAGAAAGCUUGGCAGAAGCUGAUAGAUGGAAGGAAGCCUGUGACGCUGGCCUUAACAACGAGUACUUCAGGCAAUCCUAGUCAAGUCCGGGAGGGCAGGUACUUCCUAGAAGACAUCCCCAGUGAGGCCAUCCUGCACGUCCAAAUGACCAAUCUUCAAGUGGAGGAUUCAGGAUUGUAUCGGUGUGUGAUCUACUACCCUUCCAAAGAGCCGGAUGUCCUGUCCCCCCUUUUCCACGUGGUGGUGAUCAAGGAUCCUUUAAACACCACUGCCUCGGAUGAGAAUCAUACCCGGAAACUGCAGAUUUCCACCUUUCCUCCUACCACCACCAGAGCCCAGGGCACACUCGUUGACAGACCCAGGACUGUGACCAAACUCCCGCCCAAAUCAACUGCUGACCUCUCCUCUCCUGGCUUUGGAGUCAACAUCACAAAUGUGACAGAUGUCACCAGCUAUGUUUUCAGGAUUCCAAGCUGUAGGCGAAGAGGAGAAACAAAAGUGACUGCUAGAUGGAGAGACCUUGACCACAGCCUGCUCUUAAAGUGUCAUGCUCUACUCCAGCCUGAAGGCCUGGCAGCGGAAAAUGGCACUAGCCAAGAGAACCAACAAAAGCAAUCUGGAUCCAGGGCAAGGCAGCCUCCCGGAGUGUCCCUAGGACACAGCACACCCAGGGAAGCAGACUUAACCUUCCAGAGCUGACAGGCAUGCCUUCCUCCCCUAACAAAUACCACACUCCACUCUGUUCAGUGGUAAAUAAGACGCUUCCCGAACUUCUCUUGUGAGAUCUCUGCCCAGCCCCUCUCUUACCCAGAGGGAGAAAAGCAGUACCAGGUGGGGGAGCGUGGAGGGCUGGGUGCAAAGAAACCCAGGGGGAGUGAUCAAGACCAAGGGCAUGGCAAUUGAUUUCUGUGUUAAGUACAACAACUGGGACUCACAAAGUGUAAUUCAGAUGACACUUACAUUUGUCCUCUUACUGCCGUCCAGCCUUGCUUGGCUAGAGACCUCAUUGGCCCCCUGCUGAAGCCUAUGGCAACACCAUCACUCUUCUGGGCAUUAAAAAAAAAUAGACUUUAUUUUUGAGAGCAGUUUUAGGUUCCCAGAAAAACCGAGUAGACGGUACAGUGUUCCGCUCUAACCCCUGCCCACCCCUCCAUACACAGCUUCCCCCGCCAUGGACAUCCUGUCCCUGAGUGGUAGAAUCAAUGAAUCUACAUGGACACAUCAGUGCCACCCAAAGCCCAUAGAUCACCUUAGGGCUCACGCUUGGCGUUGUCCAUGCUAUGGGUUUGGACAAAUGUGCACUGACAUGUACCCACAGCUGGAGUACCACACAGAGUAGUUUCACUCCCUUCAGACCCCUCUGUGCUCUGUCUAUUCAUCCACGCCCUUCUGGGCAUUUCUAAACAAUAUAAAGGUUAUUCCCAAGCUAGCUUCAGUUCAGUCAACCGACUGAGUUACCCAGACGCCCGAUACAUAUUUCAUUCUAUUCUAUAAUAGAAUAUAAUGUGCACUUUAGUGGAAAACUGCACUGUCUCUAGCACACUCUCCCUUGGGUUCUCUGUUUCUGAUUCUGUGGGAGCUAUUUUAUAGUUAUGUGAGUUGUAGGUAAGUGACAGACAUGCAGAUUCUGUCCUUUUCUUCCUUCCCCUGCUGUGGAUGGAGGUGGGGGAGGGGCGGGAAUAAACACCAAACUGGUUUGUU